AUCCCCACUUUCAUGUUAUCGAAUUGAAUGGAUAAGGAAAAUCUGAAAUGAGAUGAAAUACGCAGAAAUCCACAAAGCCUUUCAUUGUUUGAUUCUUCUUCUUCCCACUAUGUUUUCCCCUUCAGCAGCUAUAAACUUAUCAUUUUCAUCAUGUCGAUAUCCUGUUAAAUCGUCAUGUAAACCUACCAUCUUCCCUGUCAUCGGCUGCAGCAGUAGCGGCGCCAUUACUGAAGCUUCUGUCUCGGUGAAAUGCACUUCAGCUUCCAAACUAGCAGCAACUUUUGCAGCAGCUGCUGUAAUUCUCUCUACUACUCCAUCUGCUUUUGCUGCAGACCCAUACCAAAUUUACUACGGUACAGCUGCCAGUGCGGCCAAUUACGGAGGCUACGGUGGCAACUCGAGCAAGAAAGAUUCCGCUGAAUACAUUUACGACGUGCCUGAUGAAUGGAAAGAACGGGCAGUAUCAAAAGUCGAGAAGGGAACAAAUGGUACCGAUAGCGAAUUCUUCAAUCCGAAGAAGAAAACUGAAAAAGAGUACUUGACGUAUCUUGCAGGGAUCAGACAACUAGCACCAUUGGAGGUUAUCUUAAACAAUUUAGCUUUAUCAGAUGUGAAUUUGCAAGAUCUAAUCUCUAGUGCAGAUAAUGUAACAUCCAAAGAGACAAAGAAAGAGAAUGGGCAGGUUUAUUAUGUGUACGAAAUCGACGGGGUUGCUGCACAUAGCUUGAUUUCAGUAACGUGUGCUAGGAACAAGCUUUAUGCUCAUUUUGUUAAUGCUCCGACACCGGAGUGGAACAGAGAUAAGGAGAUAUUAAGGCAUAUUCAUGAGUCAUUUCAAACAGUGUAGGAUAAUCUUAUAACUCAUACAUUGUAUUUUUGUAAUUGAAUUAUGUAUAAUACAUGGAAAUAUGAUGAAAAAUGGUUUGUCUAAUUCCACCUUAAGAAGAUUUAAGGCAGCCC